AAUAAACUACAAUUUUUAAUUUAAAUUCCUAAAAUAUAUAUAAAAAUGCAAAAAUAAAACUGUAAAACUGUAAACAUUUAUUACAUAUUAAUGUGAUUUUUUAUAGUCGAAAACAUAAAAUCACAUAUUCUGCAUGAACAUGUGAUUUUAUAUUUCUAACUAUGAGUCAGCGGGUCACGGAUUACAUAUCUAAUCUAACAAUAUUUAUCCUACUAUUUUGAAGUAAUUUUAUUAAUUAUUAAUUUAUUUUGAGAAAAUAAUUAAUGUAAUAUAAAAGGUCUAUUUAUGUUCUAAGUAAUCAUAUUCUUUAAAAGCUAAGUGUAGACAAGUUACAGUUUUUCCACUUGCUACAGAUUUUGUAAAAGAUUGUUUAGAAUAUUAUUGCAACAAAAAAUGCCGAAUAAUUAGUAAAAUUUACAUAAUUAUCUAUAUAAUUAUGUAAUUCACUUAAAUGUCAUUUGGCACCCAUGCAAGACAAGUUUUCAUCAUAAUAGAUUUUCAUAAGAAUAUGUGACUACAAAUUAAAAUAUUCUUGACAAAAGCUUAAAAAAUCACCAAUAUUUGUUUUUAAAUUUGUUAUAAAAUUUAAAAAAUCCUAUAUCAGAUUAAGAGUAUAUCAAAUAUUAUAAAAGAAUUACAUAAAAAUAUAUGUUAAUUAAUUCUAAUAAAAAAAAAUAAAGAUGCUCAAUAAAAUUUCAUAUGCUACAAUCUCUUUAUUACGCAAUUCAAUCAAUGGUGUUCGUCUCAUUGAACUUAAUUUUGGAAUUUCUCUUUUUCAAUAAAUAUUGCAAUACAUGACAGUGCGAUACAUGGUAGAUUUUAAUAACAGCACUAAAAUUUUUAAUUUUUAAUAGUUCAUUAAUGCGAAAUAUAUCUAUUGGAAUGUCACAACGUCUUCUUUAUCUGACGUUAAGAUUUCUGCUUUACUUACCGGAGUAACACUAUAUUCUACUGCACAUCCGCUUAUGUAAAGACAAGAAAUACAAAAAAUAUAGCCCAUGCACUGAACAGUAUAAUAAUUUAUUUUUUACUGCUCGUCAUUCUUAAUGGGAUACAAUACUUAUGGAAUAUAAGAAGACGCACUUUCUUUAAAGAAACAAGUUGCGCAUUUUCUUCUUAUUAUUAUCUUAUCUACCUUUUUAUUUAUGCAUGGUUAUAAGCAUUUUAAAAAUUACUAACUUUUAACUUAACUCUGUAUAGUGAAUAGGUGUUACAGAAAAAUUAAGAAAAAAAAAAUUUGAAAACCACAAUAUGAAGAGAAAAAAUAUUCUAUAUACUAUCCGUGCUCAGUAAUACUUGAACCGUCGUUUGAAAUGGAGUUUCCCGAAGACCGAUAUUACCGAAUAAAUCGUAUUCUUUUAUCAGCAAUUGGUCUGUGGCCAUACGAUAAUUUUAAAAGCAGACGUUUUCGUUUUAUAUUUUCACUAUUGAUAAUGGUAUCAUUAAUCUGUGCUCAGUGGAUAAAGUUGUUUACCUCAGAAUACAGUUCCGAUCUUCUUUUAAAAAUAUUAUCUGUCAAUCUUAUUUUAAUCUUUUGUCCUAUAAAGUGUAUUACAUUUUAUGCUGUUUUCGAAAAUAUUAAAGAAUUUCGAGAACGUGUUCGAAAUAACUGGGACGCUUUGAAAGAUAAUCGAGAAAACGAGAUUAUAUGUAAACAUGGAAGAUACGGAAAAUUGUUUACAAUAUUUAUAAUAAUGUCUGCAUCUUCUUUCUCUAUAUUCUACAUUUUUACUCAAUAUCUUUCAAUCCUUCUAAAUAUUAUAAUACCUUUAAAUGUAUCUCGUCCAAGGAAACUCAUGUUUCCUGCGGAAUAUUUUAUCGAUCAUGAGAAAUAUUUUUAUAUCAUAUCUAUAUAUUUAACUUUUUCACUGAUUAUUGCGAUGUCUUGUAUAGCAGCUACUGAAUCGUUUUCAUUAACAAAUGCUUUACAUGCUUUCGGAUUGUUUAAAAUUGCUAGUUACCGUAUAAAAAAUGUAUUAAGCGAAAUUGAUCCACAUGUGUGUCUAACUAAAAGAUAUACCAUAUCUCAUAACAGAAUAAUCGCUGCGGUGGAUUUCCAUAGAAGAGCCAUCGAAUUUUCUGAAUUACUGAAAGCAAGUUUUGGGCGAGUUUAUUUAGGUUUAUUUGUGAUGGAUGUGUGUUCAGCAAGUAUCAAUUUAUUUAACUUAUCUAGAAUAAUAACAUUGGAGAAAGAAAUUUUGGAAAUUAUUAAAUCUGUAUUGUUAAUAAUGAUACAUAUUAUAUAUUUAACUUUAGCAAAUUUUGCUGGACAAGAGUUUAUAAAUAAUGAUACUCAGUUCUAUCGUACGGUAUGCAAUACAGAAUGGUACAAUGCCCCAAUAAAAAUUCAAAAGUUGAUACUUUUUUUGAUACAAAAGACUACAAAAUGUUACAAAGUUGAUGCCGGUGGUAUGUUUAGUCCCUGUUUGGAAGGUUUGGCCACAAGUAUAAGUAUGACGGUUUCGUACUUUAUGGUUCUCCAUUCUGUGUAAUUAAUGUGCCCAGAGCUCCAAAAGUCUAUUUUAUUAUUAUUUUAAAAACAAAAAAAUAUCAUAUUAAUAAAGAUAAUGUAAUAAGCAACAAAGGUUAUACAUUACGAACAAUUUAAAUUUUAAAACACGUCUUCCUAUUGUAUGUAUAAUCUUAUUUAAAUUUAUAUUAAUGAUUAUUAUUAUAUUUUCCUCAAUUAUAUAUUCCAAUUAAUACUUGACGAUGCAUUGAAGAUAUUACUUAAGUAAAAAUGGCAAAUAAAUAAAAAAUAUUGGUGAGAGUUUAAAAUAA